AUGAAUUAUUUAAUUUCGAGUAUAUUUUUAAUAUUUUGCUUUGUUUUUAAUAUUAAUUGUGAUCAAUGUCCUUCUGGAAUUUCAAAAAUUUGCAAAAAGGUUGAUGAUGAUUCUAAUUUAUAUCAGAAAUUUAUAUGCUGUGGUUCGCAUUAUAAAAAUGGAAUUAAACAUAUUAAGUUAGGAAAGGAUGAAAUGUGUACUGAAGAAACAGUUUAUUGUUGUCCGAAAAGGCAAACUUUUUCUACAAAUCUUUGCGAAACAUCACUUAAAGAUUUUUUAUCUAAAAUAACGAUUUUACCAAACUUCCCUUAUCAUCCAAAUUCCACUGAACGCUCAACUUCUGCUUUCAAUGAAACGACAACACUUAAAAAUAAACAAAAAUUUAGAAAACGACCAAAUUACAAAAAUUUAAUAACUUCUACAGAAUUUCCAAUUAAUCAUAAUUUGAAUUCAAAAGCAAAUACUGAAAAAUUUGCAUUUCCUGAAGAUUCUGAGUCUAUUCUGACAGAAUUUGAAAUAUCAAACAAUCUUCAACCAAAACAAAAACCAAUCAGUGAACCAUCAAUAACUAAUGAUCCUUUAAUAAAACAAGAGAAUCACGAAAUUCAAAACUUUAUAGUCAGUUAUAAUUCAACAGAAUCAAAAAAUAAUACGAAACCUAGCCCAAACGAAUUCAAUAUCAAGAAUGAGAGUCAAAUAUUGAAAAAUACAACAAAAGCUGUUCUUUUAUUAAAAAUUAAUGAACUAAAGAAUCUAAAUCAAAAAUAUCCAAAUAUUUCAAAUAAUGAGACAGCAAAUGAAUUUUCUAAUGAACACAAUUCAUCGAUAGACCAUUCGAGUUCCUUUCAAAGUAAUGAAACAACAGGAAUUCCCAAAACUAUAGAAAAUUCCACAACGUCAACACAAUCUUCAAUCACAACAAAAUUGUCAAUCAGUACAGAAAGCACAACAUCAACAAUUAAUGAUACAGAAGUCACAUCCUCAUCAGUAAAUACAACGACAGUCCGACCGAGAAGAAAAAGUGAAGAAAAAUGUGAUGAAUAUGGCAUGAGCACUGUCCAUACGAUCAGAGUUAUGGCAUUGCUUGGACAUAAGCCAAGAGAACUUACUAUCGAUAAAUGUAAACACAAGGCAAUUCCGCUGGUUGUCGGCGGAAGAGAAGCAAUGCCCUACGAAUUUCCACAUCAGGCAUUAUUAGGUUAUGAAUAUAAUGAUAUGAUAUUAUGGAAGUGUGGAGGAUCCUUAGUGUCUAAAAAUUACAUCUUAACUGCUGCACAUUGCGUGAUUGACUACGACCUUGGAUCUGUAAAAAUUGUAAAACUUGGAAUGUUUAAACAGUUAGAAGAUACAGCAAAUACUAUAACCCGAAGAGUGAUUGGAUAUAUAGAACAUCCAGAUUAUGAUAGAAUCAACCGCAUUGACGACAUUGGUCUCCUUAAAUUAGAUGAUUUUGUUCCAUUGAGUGAAUAUAUAAAUCCAAUUUGUCUUCCCAAUAAACAAUCUGAGCAUAGAAAUGCAAUUGCAAUUGGAUUUGGAGCAACAGAGACGAGUGUUCGAUCAAGAAGAUUAAUGAAAGUAGUUCUUGAAAAGUUUGAGCCUUAUUAUCCAUCUCGAAUUUCAAAUGAAACAAUUGUUGACAAGUUUAUAUUUUUUGGACAUCGAACUCAGAGGAGGGACACAUGCAGUGUAAGAAUGAGGAAGUCCCUUACAAGUUUCAAAUGACAAGAACGUUAAAUGCUCAUACACUCAAAUUGGAAUCGUAAGCUAUGGACCAAAUGAAUGUGGAAUUCCAGGACUUCCAGCCGUGUAUGUCAACGUUUUCUACUACAUUGAUUGGAUUGAACAAUUUAUUUGGGAGGAUGAAGACCGCUUAGCGGAACAAAGCUAA